GUCUUCAAAGAAGCAACAUAAACAAAAAAUAUCCCAUCAAACAAAAUGUUCAAAUACGUUAUUGUUGUCCUGGCCACCAUUGCCUGCGCCGCUGCCAAGCCUAGUCUCGUGCAUGCUCCUUUCGCUGCUGCACCUCUCGCCGUUGCAGCACCCGCACCGAUUGUCACCGCCACUAGCAGCCAAAUUGUUGCAAGAACACAUAAUGGAAUAGCUGCUGCACCCAUUGUUGCCGCUGCUCCCCUGGCUGCUCCUCUGCCUCUGGCUGCAAAAGUGAUCGCUCCAGCCCACCUACCCGCUGCCCCAUUGGCUGCACCCAUUGCUCCUUUGGCCCGCUAUGCUGCAGCUGCCCCUCUAGCCGCACCAAUUGCUCCUUUGGCACGUUAUGCUGCACCUCUGGCCCCCGCCGCUGUUGCUCCGAUUGCCCGCUAUGCAGCCGCUCCUUUUGCCUACUCAGCGCCACUGGCUGCUCCUCUGGCCGCUGUUGCUUCACCCCUGGCUUACGCGCGCUCCUAUGCGGCACCUCUUCACUACGCAGCCGCACCAGCGCUGUGGUAA